CCAAGAAGGAUAUGUGGGUUAGAUCAACUAGUUGAAUUUUGGACAAAUUUUUUGGCAGAUGUGACAAAGGUCCUUUGCGAGCUCGAGCUUACGAUAAAGAGAGUUAAGGUAUCGACCACUCCAGAUGAGAAAGUGAUGGAUCUCUUCUUCAUCACCGACACAAGGGAACUUUUACACACAAAGAAGAGACAAGAAGACACAUAUGAACAUUUAAAAGUUGUUCUCGGGGACGCUAUGAUCAGUUGUGAUAUAGAAAUGGUGGGCCCUGAAGCUACUGCGUGUUCACAAGCUCCAUCAUUUCUUCCUGAUGAAUUUACUGAAGAGAUGUUUAACAUGGACUCACCCGAUGAAUGCAAAAUCGGAUCUGUGGCUUUCAGAACUCCAUCCAUCACAAUGGAUAAUUUGUUGAGUCCUGCUCACACGCUUGUCCAAAUUGUUUGUCAGGAUCACAAAGGCCUCCUAUAUGAUAUAAUGCGAACUUUAAAGGAUUAUAACAUCCAGAUUUCUUAUGGGCGAUUGACAACGCAAGAGAACACAGAAUGUGAGCUGGACUUAUUUAUCAUGCAAGCGGAUGGUAGCAAAAUAGUUGACUCAAGCAAACAGAAUGCACUGUGCUCUCGUCUUCGAAUGGAACUUAGUCGUCCUCUUAGAGUAGCAGCGGUCAGCCGUGGCCCUGAUACUGAAUUGCUAGUUGCAAACCCUGUAGAGUUAUCUGGAAAGGGACGUCCCUUGGUUUUCUACGAUAUUACUCUUGCUCUUAAGAUGCUCAAUAGUGUCAUCUUCUCGGCUGAAAUUGGGAGGUAUAUGAUUGGAGAUAGGGAGUGGGAAGUAUACAGAGUUUUACUCGAUGAAGGCGAUGGUUUGUCCAUCUCAAGGGAAGAGAUUGAGCAGGCUGUCUGGAAGAUGCUGAUGAGUUGGCAGUGAUCGCAAUCAGACGUGGUAUUUGACUGCCCGGAACACACAACUUGACCUCUAUGUGGAGUAAACCGCCCUUGAUCGGCAUCUGUGUAACGUUGAUACUUCACAAUGUAUAUAUAUAAUAUUGCGCAUAUACAGGUUUUCUUGUACAACUGGCCUUUUAAUGUAACGAGUAAAUUUCUGUAAUAACGAGAAUAGAGGCAAAUCUGUCUUUUGGACAAUGUACUUUAAUUAAAAAAUUUUGGGAAAGAUUUUUUUUUUA